AUGCAUCACCGCCGCCUUCUGAGCGCCGUCUCAAUCCUGGGGUUAGCCACAUCAACAGCCCUCGCUGCCCUACAAAUCGUUCCCGGAGGGACAUGGACAGCCUCCAACGGCGACCACCUCAACGCCCACGGCGCCGGCGUAAUCCGGGUCAACUCCACCUUCUACCUCAUCGGCGAAGACAAAUCCCAAGGCUCCUCCUUUCUCGCCGUGAACUGCUACUCCUCCGUCGAUCUCGUGCAAUGGAAGUACGAAGGCGCCUUACUUUCGCGGACGGGAACGUCGGGCGACCUCGGACCGAACAGGAUCAUUGAAAGACCAAAAGUCAUUUACAACGACCAGACGAGGAAAUAUGUGAUGUGGAUGCAUGUGGAUAGCAGUAACUACGGAGACGCCAAAGUGGGCGUGGCGACGAGUGAUACGGUUUGUGGAGGGAAGUACGAGUAUAAGGGGAGUUUUAGGCCGUUGGGGAUGGAGAGUAGGGAUAUGGGGCUGUUUAAGGAUGAUGAUGGCAAGGCCUACUUGCUGACCGAAGAUCGCAAAAACGGCCUCCGCAUCAACCCCCUCUCCCCCGACUACUUAUCCAUAUCCGGCAGCACCUCAACCCACCUCUUCCCCACCGCCAUCGAAUCCCCCGCCCUCCUCAAGCUCUCCUCUUCCGGUACAGGUCGUUACUACAUCUUCGGCUCGCACCUAACCGGUUGGGACCCCAACGACAACGUCUACGCCACCGCCACUUCUCUUUCGGGCCCUUGGUCUGAUUGGCAGAUUUUUGCCGAUAAGGGGAGUAACACUUAUGCCUCUCAAACCACCUUUGUCUUGGACUAUGGGGGAGGGAAUGUGAUGUACAUGGGCGAUCGCUGGAAAAGCAAAAACCUACAAACGAGUAGUUAUAUCUGGUUACCGCUUGAGAUCAGCGGGACGAAAGUCACGAUGAACAACCGCGGGAGUUGGGUUCCCAACGCUGGUACAGGAGGGGGAACAUGGGCAGCAAGCCCGGCAGAAACAAGCUACGAGGGUGAGGCGCAAGGAAAAUACGCCGGAGGAGCGAAGGAAGUCUCCUGCUCGAAAUGUUCAGGAGGCAAAGCAGCUGGUUACAUUGGCGGCACUGGCGGUACCAACGGGAGCGUCACGAUCUCGGGCAUCCAGAGUAAUGGAGGAGAGGGAGCAGUGACAACUUUGCAAAUUCGGUAUGUGAAUGGUGAUACCGGGCCCAGGUACGCGGCUGUUAGUGUCAAUGGGGGAUCCCCUCAAAAAGUGGCGUUUGAAGGGACGGCGGGGGAAGUUGGGGUUAGUAGUGUGGUGGUUAGGGGGUUGAGGCAGGGGAGUGGGAAUACGAUUGUGGUGAGCGGGUGGGAGGGGGGAGGGUGGGGACCGGAUGUUGAUAGGGUUGUUGUGCCUGUUCAGUAG